GAGGAGGUGGGGUGACUGUGAUAAAUCGAUUUCUAGAAAGUUUGUGAUAUUACGAGAAAAUUUAAAAUGUCCCGGGAGAAAAUUCUCUUCAUAGUGUGAUUAAGAAAACUUCGCCAAGGUUAGAACUGCGACAAGAAAUGAAGCUGCUAACGGCAGUGUUGGUGGUCGGCCUCAUCGGAGUCUGCGCCGCUUGGGACGAGCACUUCAGAUCGAGCGAGUGUUAUAAGUACGGCUUGGAGACCUUAGACGAACGCAUGCCUCAGAACCUGGGGAAUCUUAUCGCCCUUAUCGAGAAGUGGGAAGAAGAGCACCAGUAUGGCAACGCCGAGGACAUCGCUGAGGGAAUUAUCAAGAGGUACAAGAUCGACGGUAUCGUGUACCUCCCCGGGGGGCCAACCCAGUGGGGCCAGAACGAACAAGAAGAAGCGGAUAAAUUCGACGUCGUGAAGAAGGUUCUGGUGCCCACAGAAAUAGUGCCACAAGACAUGUACUUCCCGAGAGAAGAGUGCGCCCUCCACUUCCUGACGACGCACAGCACCGACAUGUAUCCUCAUGCUGGGGUCGGCGAUGUGUGGGAAACCCGGCGGCGGCGACGCAGGUCUGAGUCUAAUCCGCAGAACGCGAACCCCAGGUACUCGCUCCCCCAGGACGUGGACCCGGCCAGGCACCCCAUCGAAAACGGGGUGAUGCACACGCCCUAUUGGACCCCGUGCGGGGGGGACGCUGCUCUCAGGCAUUAUGGCUUCGGACAAGACCUCAGAAGUCACCAUUAAGCAGAUCUACGGAAAUGACGUUGAUUACAUGCCCCAAGAAAUGCUGGACUCCAGGCUCCACCCUCAGCAUGUGUCGACUCUGGCAGGUGACAUCGGCCAAUCGGCGCUGGUGGCAGU